GAAUUUUUCCCCAUUACUAGUCAAGAGUUAGCCAUUAUGGCUUCCCUAUUCUUAGUUUUGGUUUUAGUGACAGCGUUUGACCCCGGCUUCACUUAUGUUUUGGAAGGCGAAUCGAAAACUUUGAAGUGGCCACCCGCAUAUCACCUGAAAGGCGAUGCAAUUGAUAUUCUAACUGGUGUUAUUAAACCUUUUGAAAUAUGGUACAGCGAUAAAUUGAACCAAUCUCGCGUGGACUACUAUGGAGGCACUGUCAAGCAUUACAUCGUCGGUGAAAACGAUGAGAAAUACGGGAAAGAGUUUGUCGUCAACCCCGUAACAAAUGAAGAAGAAACGAAUGUAAAUGUGUGCAAAGAAAAGGACUUUGAAGGUCCGGCAACGAAUUUCCUGGGAUCCGUCGCCGAUUUCGAAUAUCAAGGCCAAGAAACUUACAACGACAGGGUACUCGACGUGUGGAAGUACUACAAGAAUGAAGAAGAUGACCAGAAAGUAGAACAGAUGCUGUAUGCUUACCAAGACGCAGAUGGCUUCGAUAUACCUGUGGUACGAGAAGUAAAAGCCAGCAACCUAUGGAUUGGUACGCUGAAAGAUCACACCGUGUCCCGGUAUUACGACUUCAGUAAACCUGCAGAUGCUGAUCUGGACUAUAAUCUAGACGCAACUUGCAAAGACACUGUCAAAUCUUCCGAUUUUAUGGAGAAAUUGCACCUUUCGUCCGAUGUUGAAAAGGCGUUUGCCAGCUAUAUCAAUCGUCACAACAAAAACUAUGGAGACGACCACGAGAUGAGGAAGGAAAUAUUCCAAAAUAAUUGGAGACGAGUCGUAGAACACAACAAGAAAAAUCUGGGCUACACGCUGACCUUGAACAAGUUCUCCGACUGGACUGAAGAGGAGCUGGCUAACCUAAAGGGUACCAGACUCUCGGGCGAGCACGUGGGAUCUGUUCCCUUUCCACAUACCGAGGAGGAGGUUGAAGCACUGGUCCAGGAGUUGCCAGACUACUACGAUAUGAGGAUCGAAGGCUACAUCACUUCUGUUAAAAAUCAAGGGACCUGCGGCUCAUGCUGGGCGUUCUCGACAACGGCCGCUGUGGAAGGAGCUCUGGCCCGCAGCAAUGGCGGCAGGGAUCUCGAUCUUGCUGAGCAGUCGAUGGUUGACUGCGCUUGGGGUUUCGGCAACGUGGGAUGUGCAGGUGGUCUAGUAGAUGGUGCCUACAAAUACAUCCUCAAACAUGGUCUUCCAACGCAAAUGGAAUAUGGGCUAUAUUUGGACGAGAUGGGUGAAUGCCACCGAGAAAACAUGACUUCGUUCUACAAUAUCAAAGGCUUCGCCGCGGUCCCUCCGCUCAGUGUCAACGCUAUGAAGGUCGCGCUGUACAAGUACGGGCCCGUGACUGUGUCUAUAAACGCGAACGACCCUCUUUCGGCAUACAACAGUGGAAUUUUCUUCGACCCCUCAUGUAACAGCGCACCUGCAAACCACGGCGUGGUCGUGGUGGGCUACGGCAAGAGAGACGGCGUGGACUACUGGAUCGUCAAGAACUCGUGGGGCGAGGACUACGGCCAGGACGGCUACAUCUUGAUGUCUGCCACCAACAACAACUGCCAUAUACUCGAGUCUGCCUACUACCCUAUUGUCUAGUGUCUAGUCAGAGGCAAGGCUUCGAAGAGAACUUCGAUUACAAACAUGUCUGGAUAGAGCCUUUUUGUUGAUUUGCAUAUAAUAAGUAAGGGAGUCCAAAGGGAUGUAAAGGGAGAUAUGUUUCUAAAAUUACAUAUCUAAAAAAUCAACUAGUCUCUAAAUAGCAACUGUUUGAGGAUUCCUAAAGUUAUCCACUUAGUAGAGAACUUUUAGCAACAUGCGCUCCUGAAAUGACCAUAUCUUCCGCACGACCCACAUAGUUUUCUUAAAAAUCAACCAAGUUCAUUAAUAAGUUCCUUCAUUUCUACCUUAUCUAUGUUUACAGUGGAAACUCGGGUUUACGUACAAUUUCAAACUGCGAAUUUUCAAGUUAAGCUUAAAAUAAGCAUUAUUUUUUACUUAUUUGUUAUUGGUAUUAUGUUAUCGAAUUUAAAGAAAUGUUUUAUUUACGGAGAGUAAUGAGUAUACAUCUAGUCAUCUAAACUCUAAAUGAAUAAGAUUGUUUCAAAAUUGGCGCUUUUCACAUAAAAUA